AUGAAAAUAGAUUAGCAAAAAAUAAAUAUUUUUUAUGAUGAGAUCUGUGGAAUUUGUGAUAAAUUCAUAAAAUUGAUCAUUUAUUUAGUAAAUCCUGAGAUUUUAGAAUUGUAUUCUUUAUAGAGUGCAAUAUAGGAUGAGAAAUUAAGAAAACAAUAUGAAUUAGAUCUUUCAUCAAUUGUAGUAAUAACAUAAAAUAAAAAACUAAAAAAGUCAAAAGCAAUGUUCUAUUUACUAAAGCAAACUAAAUUGAAAUAUUUAAUAAUGGUAAUAGAAUUAUUAAUACCGUAAUUUUUGGCAGAUUGGAGUUAUGAUUUUAUUUCAAAACAUAGAGAUAAAAUUUGUAAGAUGAAAAAAAGAUGAAUAGC